AUGCGCCUCGCUUCAUUGACCUGCACGGCAUUGGCCUUUGCGUCCAAUGUUGUUGCGCAGAGCAGCGCCGAAGACAACACAACACAACCUGUCUCUUUCUUCUACACUCGGCCUCUGUCUCAAGCACCUGCUUUGAAUGUCACCCUUCAAGCCGACUUUUCUCCUGGCUAUGUCUUCAUGUCGCCAUACAAGUCUAUCAAACCGGCUCCUUACAUCUACGACAAAUUCGGAAAUCUCGUCUGGGACGGCUACGGUGUUACUGGAUCUGCAAACGCACACAACUUUAGACCUUGUCAGUACAAUGGCGCUCCUCACCUCUGUUUCAAUCAGGUGAACCAGCAGAACGGAUACGGCAUCGGGCAGAGCGUCAUCGUGGAUCAGAAUUACAAAGUUGUGGCUACAGCACAAACUGGCGGCAAUGUCGAGCCUGUGGAUAUGCAUGAGUUCCAAUUGCUCAAUGAUGGAGAGACGGCAAUCGUCAGCUCAUACCAGAUCGUUCCGUUCGACUUGUCGUACUUCAAUAUCACGACUGGCCUCGGUUGGCUAUCGGAAGGCGUGUUCCAGGAAGUCAAUGUCACUACUGGAGACGUUUUGUUCGAAUGGUUCUCGACCAACCAUGUUGAUCCUAGCGAGAGCCAGAUCACGCCAAACAGCACUGACACAGGCGGUGAUGGUUUCGGACCUCAGACAGCAUUCGACUACUUCCACAUCAACUCGAUUGAUAAAUCGACAGUCUCGGGCAACUAUCUCGUUUCGGCCAGACAUACCAGCACACUGUACUACGUUAAUGCUACCGAUCGCGAUAUCAUCUGGAAGCUGAGCUACCAAGGACAUUCCGAUUUCUCGUGCUCCAACUUUAAUUUUAGUUUUCAACAUGAUGCGCGAUUAGUCUCCGAAAACGACACCACCACCGUUCUCUCCAUCUUCGACAAUGCCUCGAACGGCUUCACAACCACCACUUCUCAAUCUUCAGGCAAAGUCAUCGCUAUCGAUCACAACUCUGGCGUUGCGACUAUGCUCUCCAACACAACCUACCCCUCAGAUCAAGGUCUACUUGCCACAUCCCAAGGAAACACUCAAACCCUCUCCAACGGCGGCUUCUUCCACACCUGGGGCAACAACCCCUAUCUUUCUGAACACUCUGCCAACGGCACCGCCGUCUUUGCUGCCCAAUUCGCCGCCGAGGACUCAGCACAGAACUAUCGUGGCUUCUCUGCUGACUGGGAGAGUACACCCGCCACCACUGUUCCUGACGUUUAUGCCUAUGCCGUCAACUCUUCCGCACCUACACGUAUCUACGUGUCCUGGAAUGGCUGUACCACAGUCUCAUCCUGGCAAUUCUACGGCGGUGCCUCUGUAGGCGAAGACUUCUUAGCCAUCGGCCAAACCGACAAACAAGGCUUUGAGACCUUCUGGGAGGCUGAUAAGUUUUAUCAGUGGGUGAGAGUGGAAGCUAUCGAUGCGGAUGGAAAUGAGCUCAGGAAUUCGAGCUUUACGGGGACGUUUGUGCCGUCUACUGCUUUGAUGGGGGCUUGUGAUGAUGCUGGGUGUGGUGUUGCGAGCUCUUACUCUUCUUAG